UAGCGAGUUUGCGAGUGGUUAGUUUGGGGUAACAGAGGAAGCAACUCCCUCACAGAUAAGCAGGCAGUGCAAUAGAGAGACACAUGCUGUUUCAUAAGGAUACGCCUGAUUUCCAGAAGUAACCAUGUUUUUGUGGCUUAAACUCUUAGCAUUUGGUGUUGCAUUUCUGAGACAGGAUGCUUUUGUCAAAGCAGGAGAAGAAAAUCUGGCAACUACCAGCUCUCCCUCCCCUCUGUCACCUCCACCUGCACGCUCCACAUCACUCUCACCUCCAGGCACUGCUGAAGCAGGAGAUGAAAAUCUGGCAAAUACCAGCUCUCCUUCCUCUAUGUCACCUCCACCUGCACGCUCCACAUCACUCUCACCUCCAGACACCGGUGAAGGAGAGAAGUCAUCAAUGACUACACCUGGUGUCUCUCCUGCAGACAGCACACACCUCUCCACGCACGCAGGCUCCGUCCCUGCCAUGGGACUCAGCAACCCGCCACGCAGCAGCACUGCUGCCCUCACCACACGCACUCCCAUUGCCUUCGAGAAUGCUUCAUCAGAUGAUUACAGUUCAGCAUCCUUGCACAGCACCACCUCACCAGUCAGCACGCCACCAAACACUGGGACCACCCCCACUCAUGCAAUAGGAUCUUCCACAGCAACAACUGAAGCACCUUGUGAUACUCGUAUUGAAUAUGAGUCAAUUCAAAGUGUAGAAGAUGAGAAAAACAUGGCUAACGUUACACUGAAAAAUCUCAGAGAAAACAGAGAAUAUUUUAUUUUGGGGGUUAACAAAACCUUCAGUGUGAAUUCCAGCAGAAUAAAACUUCAGAGAUGCAAGAGAUAUGAAGUUGAAGUUAAAAAUUGCAGCAAUGCUUUUCUUUGUAUUCCGCCUGAAAAAAACAAUCCUUUCAAAGUUGUGGAAAAUACCAAUACAUCUGCAAAGUUAUGUGCUGACGAGUCAUUUGGCUGUGCUGAUACGCCUAAACUUAUUUGCGACGGUGUAACAAACAUUACAAAAUUAAAUGAAACCUGUGUAGAGCUGAACACUUUAUCACCCAACCGUGAGUACAACUGCCAUGGUAACAUACGGUUUUGUGAAGAGGACAUUCGCACCCUAAACUUCACAGUAACAACAGAUUAUGGUGAUCCAGAUGCACCAGAAAAUCUUACAGUAGUUUGUGGUGACAGAGAUGUAUCAGUUGCAUGGAAGAAUCCUAGCAACACUUCAAAGGGUCCUAUAGAUGGCUAUAACGUGACAUGCAGAAGUGAAACAGGCAAAGAGCAGACAGGUUUUCUUACAGAGACUGUCAACGUGACAGAAGGUUACAUGAGAUUUAAUUGCUCUGCAUUCAAACCUUUCACCACGGGUGUGGUAUUUGUGAUUCCAUAUACGAAGAGCAGAUAUAAUAAUAACACGUUUAAGGGAAAACCUGGACAGCAGAGCUUUAGAACAAAGUCAGCAAAACCGGAGCCAGUGACUGAUGUUAAUGCAGCGCUGACAGCCGAUAAUGCUGUCCAAAUUACGUGCAAAAGCCAGGAAGCGCAUGGACCACAAAAAAUAUUUGAAUUGGUUUGGGAAAAUGGUCAAAAUAUUACUUCCGAUGCUUGUAAUUUUAAAAAAGAAAAUCUCUUGUACUUGACAAAGUAUACGUUUUCGAUCUUAAUGUCUAAUGGAGUCUAUAAAGGGCAACCAGUAACGAAAAGUAUAAAAACCAGAUAUAAUUCUAAAGCCCUGAUUAUAUUCUUGGCAUUCUUGAUUGUUGUGACGUCAAUUGCUUUACUACUGGUUCUGUACAAAAUCUAUGAUCUUCACCAAAAAAAGCUUGGCAAUUCUUCUGAAGGCGUGAACCUUGUUGCAGUUAAAGAUGAUGACAGGCAACUUCUGAACAUAGAGCCAAUUCCUUCGGAGCACUUGCUGGACACGUACAAGAGGAAGAUUGCUGAUGAAGGAAGACUUUUCUUGGAUGAAUUUCAGAGCAUUCCUAGAGUUUUCACUAAAUUUUCCAUAAAGGAAGCCAAAAAAAGCCAUAAUCAGAACAAAAACCGUUACAUCGAUAUCCUUCCAUAUGAUCAUAACCGUGUUGAGCUCUCAGAGAUCCCAGGAGACCCAGGAUCAGACUAUAUCAAUGCAAGUUAUAUCGAUGGCUUCAAAGAACCAAGAAAAUACAUUGCCGCACAAGGCCCCAAGGAUGAAACCACAGACGAUUUCUGGAGAAUGAUCUGGGAACAGAAGGCAACAAUUAUUGUCAUGGUGACUCGCUGUGAGGAAGGAAAGAGGAACAAAUGUGCCCAGUACUGGCCAUCAAUGGAGAACGGCUCUGCAACAUAUGGGGGCAUCGUUGUGAAGAUCAACGAAAGUAAAACGUGUCCAGAUUAUGUCAUUCAGAAACUACACAUCACGAACGCAAGAGAAAGGACAGCUGGAAGAGACGUCACUCAUAUCCAGUUCACAAGCUGGCCAGACCAUGGAGUCCCUGAGGAUCCUCAUCUCCUUCUCAAACUCCGACGCAGAGUUAAUGCUCUCAGCAACUUUUUUAGUGGCCCAAUAGUGGUUCAUUGCAGUGCUGGUGUUGGGCGCACCGGGACGUAUAUAGGAAUUGAUGCCAUGCUGGAGGGGCUGGAUGCAGAAGGCAGAGUGGAUGUUUAUGGCUAUGUUGUAAAGCUGCGUCGGCAGCGGUGCCUCAUGGUUCAAGUAGAGUCACAGUACAUCCUUAUCCAUCAAGCGCUAGUGGAAUACAAUCAGUAUGGAGAAACAGAGGUCAGUCUCUCGGAACUGCAUUCCUAUCUUAACAAUCUGAAAAGAAAAGAUCCUCCGAGUGAUCCCUCUCUGCUGGAGGCAGAGUUUCAGAGAUUACCUUCCUAUAAGGGGUGGCGGACACAGAACACUGGGAAUCGUGAGGAAAAUAAAAGCAAAAAUAGGAACGCCAACAUAAUUCCAUAUGACUUUAACCGAGUGCCGAUCAGGCACGAAGAUGAAUGCAGAAAGGAGGGUGAACAUGAUUCAGAUGAUUCCUCAGAUGAGGACAGUGACUGUGAGGAAUCAAGCAAAUACAUCAAUGCUUCCUUCAUAACUGGUUACUGGGGUCCGAAAGCCAUGAUUGCAACACAGGGACCACUGCAGGAAACUAUCUCUGACUUCUGGCAAAUGGUCUUCCAAAGAAAAGUCAAAGUCAUUGUUAUGCUGACGGAGCUGAAAGAAGGAGAUCAGGAACUCUGUGCACAGUACUGGGGAGAAGGAAAACAAACGUAUGAUGGCAUAGAAGUUCAAAUGACAGAUGUCAACUGUUGUCCUAGCUAUACCAUACGUGCAUUUGAUGUUACACAUCUGAAGACAAAAGAAACACAGAAGGUGUACCAGUAUCAGUAUCACAAGUGGAGUGGCUUGGAUGUUCCAGAAAACCCCAAGGAUUUAGUCAGCAUGAUUCUCAACCUUAAACAAAAAGUCCCAGCCAGACCAGUCACUGAGGACAACAGGAGUACCCGCAGCGUCCCGCUUGUUGUCCACUGCCGUGAUGGAUCACGGCAGACUGGUGUAUUUUGUGCUUUAAUGACCCUCUUGGAAAGCGCAGAAAUAGAAGAAGUAAUAGAUGUUUUUCAAGUAGUAAAAGCUCUUCGUCGCACCAGGCUGGGAGUGGUUUCCACCUUUGAACAUUACCAAUUUCUGUAUGACACCAUCGCCAGUAUCUACCCUGCACAGAAUGGUCAAAUAAAGAAGAACAGCCAGCAGGAAGAUAAAGUUGAAUUUUGCAGUGAAGUAGAAAAAACUAAUCCGGAAACUGAUUUGAUCACUAUUGAUCUUACCCCACCAACGCCAGAGGGAAAUGAGGCUUCUGAAGUCUGUGAUGAUUCUAAGGCUGCAGAUGGCAUUAAGGGAACAGAAAGCUCUACAAACGGGCCCACAACUCCAGUUCUAACUUAGAGGCUAUACUAAAAAAAAAAAAAAAGUGCUUUGUCAUGUGCAAAAUAUCUAAGGCAAAUAAGAAGUAUAAGGUUUCUUCCUCUUCCCACCUUUUUUUUGGAAAAUGUUUACUGUUAUAUCAGUUUUUCAAAGGUACAAAUUUAAAGGAAUACUUGAAACUUGUAGAGUGCAACAACGAACUGUGAAAGUUUAACUUUUGUGUAGAUUUGCAUUUAAUACUUCUUCAGAAACCUUUUCACUAUUUUUAUACUUUUUCUUUUAAAAAUAUGUACAGUAUUAUACUAUGCUGAGCAGUGGGAAGAAAGUUUUUUGACUUCUGUGACAAGGAGAAAAGCAACUCAGAACAAGAUCAGUGUGUUGCAAAACCAGGUCUGUCUUCAAAACUAUUAGCAAGUACAUUAACCUAAUUGGUAAGCAUACACUGUAGCAUUUCAGGAGUGAUGACCAAGCGCUGCUUUAAUAAUACUCUGUGGAACCUGUGGGACUUUGGCAAACAGUUUUAAGAGCUUAUCAUUUACAUCAUGUGGCAAUUCCAAGGAAUUCAGAUUUAUGGCAAAUCUGUGAAUCCUCCCAUAUCAAUGUGGAAUAGAAAUUUUUUGCAUUUUUCUGACUCGCCUCAAGGUGUCCUUGUUGCUCCACGUAUAUUAAUCUGAGAUUUCCAUGUUAGACUCAAAGAAGAGUUUGGAGAUGGGCAUUCGAAUGAUUGCAACAAUUCUGAUAGAAAACACAUUCUGUUUACUCUUAGAGCUUAAAAUACUGCAUGCUUGCACAUCUAUUUCUUAUGCUUACUGUUAUUUAAAGGGACUGCUUCCAUGAAUGCAUCUGACCUGUUUUCAGAAUUGGAAAAUACUUAGAGGUUUUUCCUCCAAACCUUGUAGAUUUUAAUUGGUACAGGAUUUUUUUUUUUUCAUUAUGCGGUGUUGUAAGUUACAGUUGUGAUAUUUUUACUAUUUCUUGCUGGAUUUUAGCCUGCUGUCUCAAGAACAAAUAAAAAGAUAAUUAAUAGUCGACAAGGUACAAAUUAUUUUCUUCUAUUGGACUCUGCAAACUGGUAAUUUUCUGCUAAAUGAACAGAAUAUCAUCCUAGCCCAUCUGUUGAUAAAAUUUACAAAUUUCAGUAGGAAAACACACCAUUGAAUUCUUAUGGAACUGUGCAUGAACCCAGGUAAGUGUCAUCAUUCUCUCAUAGAGGAAGGAAAUUUCAUUUUUAUUUUGCUCGAAGUCAUUAAAGAAAGAGUCACUCAACAGAUUCAGUCCUCCUACUUUAUCACUGCAUAUUCCUCACGUCUCUUUACAAAACAUAAUUGAAAAUACUUAGAAAGCCAUGUAAAACAACACGUACAGUCACACUUGGUUUAAACAUUAAUUUAAUUUUGCUGUUACUCUAGAUCAAAUAUUUCACUUACAAUUAUCAGCUCAGACAAGCACUUCCUGGCAGUAUUGCUUGAGUAAGUGGCAGCAAACAGUGACAGAGGCAAUGAGUUCCCCUCGACUACCAGCCGAACUGCCUUUUCAGGUGAAGUUGUGCUAAGUGAUAAACUAACAAAGCUGAGGGGGUCACCUGUGGAGAAAAAGCUCUUGAGACUAAACAUGAACAUAAUAAAAACAGGUUGUAGGCCCAAAGCCUGGUGGGUAUUUUUAGAGCAACAUGUCAAAAUUGCAAAUUUUUUUUGGAGAUCAAAAGAGCCUUGGAUGCAGAUCCACUUACUGGUGCUCACUGGAUGACAGAGAACAACUAAUUUCUUUUUCUUCUUCUAAGACUUGGCUGCUGUAAAGCCUCUCUAGCUCAUUCAGGUAGUAAAAUAAAGCGGGCAGUGCAGCUACUAAGAGUAGCUUAGUAGUGGAGACAGAGAAUAGUCACACUUUUAGGAGUAACAGAAAAUGUUUCCCGAACCAAAAAUUAGGCACAAAUUUUCAUUUGUGUAAAUCUGAGGGCACUCAUGCACUUCACUUCCUUGAAAACUGGUUCUGCAGCUUUUUAAGAUCCUGCAGCACCUGGGCUGUAAAAAUUCUGGAGGAUUUUGUUUGCUUAAAUUGUUUCCUAGAAUAAUUUCAAUGUUUUUUUGACUGCAUAUUUUUUUUUAAAAAUGCCUGACAGGUUAACACUUGAUUUGUGAAUGUAUUUUGAAAGAAAAGUCCUGAACUAUGUUAAAUUUUGCCUCAUGCAUGUCUUAA